UGGAACGAAGCUUUGGCUGGGCAGCUGAAAAAGACACCGCUCGCCUUGUCCAACUGAUCAAAAGGGGGUUGCGAAUUUUGACGCUGAAAAACUUCAUUAAGGUGGGCACGGACGGACAUGCAGUGAAAGAGCUGCACAGGAGACCGGCAUUCAGUGACCAGGGCAACGAGAGGGCAUGAUGUCAUCAGUCAGGGGUCAGGAGCCAUCUUCACUGCUGAUGGGGAAGUCCUCAGCCAAUGGAAGCGGAGAACAGGUGCACUCAGACGGAGAGUCCAUGGAGGAGGAAGUGGAGUUUAACUGGGAGGAGUACCUGGAGGAGAUGGGAGCCAGCGCGGCUCCACACACGUCCUUUAAACACGUGGAGAUCAGCCUACAGAGUAGUUUCCAGCCUGGGAUGAAGCUUGAAGUGGCCAAUAAGAGCAGCCCGGACACGUACUGGGUGGCCACCAUUAUCACCACCUGUGGCCAGCUCCUGCUGCUUCGCUUCAGUGGCUACGGUGAAGACAGGAAGGCGGACUUCUGGUGUGACAUCAUGACCGCUGACCUGCACCCUGUGGGCUGGUGCACCCAGAACAACAAGGUCCUCAUGCCACCCGAAGAUAACGUUUACCUAAGAAAAGCUAUCAAGGAGAAGUACAGCAACUGGACUGAGUUUCUGAUCGAGGAGCUCACUGGUUCCCGGACCGCCCCAACUAACCUGCUGGAAGGGCCCCUGAGAGGGAAGAACACAGUGGACCUCAUUACCGAGGGUUCCGUGAUGGAGCUCCAGGACCUCCAGGACCCUUUCCUCUACUGGCCGGUGUGGGUGGUCCAAAACGUGGGAGGUCGACUGCGUCUGCGCCUUGUAGGGGUGGACAGCAAUGCCCAUGACACCUGGCUGUUCUACCUGGACCUCCGGCUCCGCCCCAUGGGCUGGUGCCAGGAAAACAACCUCCGCAUGGACCCCCCCACAGAGCUGCAGAGUUUGAAGAGCGCCCCCGAGUGGCAGGAAGCCCUGGACAGGGCGCGGGCUGAGGCGGAGAAGAGCCCCCUUCCCCUGGAGAUUUUCAAGGAUCACGCAGACCUGCAGAAGCACUCCUUCAGGACAGGGAUGAAGCUGGAGAGGGUGUCACCCCACCAACCUUUUCACAUCUGCCCCGUGUCCGUCACCCAGGUCUACAAUGAGUACUACUUCCAGGUCACAGUGGAUGACCUCACUCCUGAGGCCGUACCCUCCUCCGUGGUCUGCCACGCAGAGUCGCCCGGCAUUCUGCCCACCCAGUGGUGCCUUAAGAACGGGGUCGGCGUGGAGCGCCCCAAAGGGUACCAGAGUCAGGACUUUGACUGGGCAGACUACCUGAAGCAGAGUGGGACGGAAGCUGCCCCAGAUGCCUGUUUCCCAAAUAUGUCGAACAGUCGGGGCUUCAGUGAAGGUGUGUGGCUGGAGGUGGUGAACCCCUUGAAGCCUUCAGAGAUCUGCGUAGCCUCGGUCAGACGAGUGAGGGGAAGGCUAAUGUGGCUAACCCUAGAAGGUUUGGUGAAGCAGCUCCCUGAGUUUGUGGUGGAUGUGGAGUCCAUGGACAUAUUCCCGGUGGGAUGGUGUGAAGCCAACGGAUACCAGCUGACACCGCCCCAUCGGCCUGUGUGCCAGAAACAGAAGAAGAUUGCAGUGGUACAGCCAGAGAAACAGUUGGUUGUCCCACAGCCUAUAGAGAAUAUACCUCAGAACCUCUGCACAACCAUUGGGCCAGAACAAGGCUCUCAGAAUGGGAAGUACUGCUGCUCCCAGAUCUUCGUGAACCACCGCUGCUUCUCCGGGCCCUACCUGAACAAGGGCAGGAUCGCCGAGCUACCUCAGGCUGUUGGGCCUGGAAAGUGCACGCUGGUCCUGAAAGAGGUUCUGAGCAUGCUCAUCAACGCUGCGUACAAGCCGGGUCGAGUGCUGAGGGAACUCCAGCUGGUGGAAGACCCCCUGUGGAACUUCCAGGAGGAAACUCUUAAAGCCAAGUACAAAGGGAAGACAUACAGGUCCACUAUAAAGAUUGUGCGGACGUCGGACCAGGUGGGCGACUUCUGUCGAAAGGUUUGCCUGAAGCUGCAGUGCUGUCCCAACCUCUUCAGCCCCACCCUGGUGACUGACAAGUGCCCUGAAAACUGCUCUGUGCAAACCAAGACCAAAUACACGUACUACUACGGUAAGAAGAAGAAGGUGACCCGGCCGUCUGCCGGGGAGAACUCCCCCGACAGCGGGAUCUCCAAACCCGCCCGGCGCAGGAAAAAGCGGAAAUCCAUCUUCGUCCAGAAGAAGCGACGGUCGUCCGCCGUGGACUACACCCCCGCAGGGUCUCCUCAGGACAGUGAUGAGGAUGAGGAUGGUGAGGAUCAGUCGGGCAGUGAGGAGGGCACCAGCUCGGAGCUGCGGGAGGAUCACACGGACACCUCCUCUGUGGAGGUGGCGGUCAGCAGCCGCCCUCGCCGGGCCGUCACCCUGCGGAGGAACACCGACUCUGGGCCCGCAGCCAGCUCAGACAGGGCCCGUCGCAAGAGAACCACGCGCUCCCUGUCCUACAGCGAGAGCACCAAGUACCACCCCGCAAAACGCCAGGCCAAGGUGGAGAGCUGUGAGGAGGAAGGCAAGCUGGUUCUGGACAGUAACCCCUUGCAGUGGUCGGUUGCCGACGUGGUCCGGUUUAUCAGGUCCACCGACUGCGCCCCACUGGCCAAAAUAUUCCAGGAGCAAGACAUUGACGGACAGGCUCUGCUGCUUCUCACGCUUCCCACAGUGCAGGAGUGCAUGGACCUAAAGCUGGGACCGGCCAUCAAGCUGUGCCACCAGAUCGAGAGGGUCAAAGUCGCCUUUUACGCUCAGUACGCCAACUGACACCAUGGACAUGGAGGGAGAGCCUGCCGGCUUUCGUCUGUCAGGACAUGGAGGGAGAGCCUUGGCGUUUUCACCUGUCACGACAUGGAGGGAGAGCCUGGGGGUUUUCACCUGGGGGUUUUCACCUGGGGGUUUUCACCUGGGGGUUUUCACCUGUCACGACAUGGAGGGAGAGCCUACAGGCUUUCAUCUGGGGGUUUUCAUCUAUUACGACAUGGAGGGAGAGCCUGCAGGUUUUCAUCUGUCAUGACAUGGAGGGAGAGCCAGCAUGCUUUAAUCUGGGGGUUUUCACCUGAGGAUUUUCACCUGUCACCAGCAGCGGUUUCCGAGGCUGUGUUUCCUUUCCUGGAGGAUUUCAUCAAACAUCUCUCGAGGAGUUGUAUUUGUAGUUCUGCAGGUCGCACUGCUUGGAGCUGUCAUGGGUCCAUCUAGUCUGGCUGGAACGUGGAGGGAAUUGACGCUUUGAUUACAAAAUUUUAUUCCUUAGCUUAGCUGCCCAGUCGGGGGGUCCGGUGAGCAAGUCCUGGCUCCCUACUGGGCGUUUCUGCGAAUGCACCUGGAGCCGCUUACGCUGCAAGAUCUGCUUACUUAGAGUACACAACGGGAGGAUGUGGUGACACACUGAGACAGAAGUGGUGUCAGACACUGUAAAGGAUGUUCUUGUUCGGAGUCACAUUACUGGAUAUCAUUUUUUUUUCCUUUUUGUUGGAAGAGCUAGUCAACAGUGGCAAAUUUUUUAAGUUUGUCACAAUGGGGCUUUGAGAGGGAAGGCCAAACGCCACAGUGUGUGGCAGGAACUUGAAGAACCCCAAGGUCUUCUGAAGCUGGCUGCUAUCGGGGAGGUAAAUGUAAAUGUAAAUGUUACCAAUGCAGAUACAGAAUCUGUAAAAGGAGGAGGAUGUGUCCAUGCUAUUUAACCCAAGAAGAUGGCCGCACAACAGAGAAAUCUUUGGUUGCCAUUUUGUUUUUCCGAUCUUUUAUAUGGGACAGUGGAUACUGUCGGAAAGUAAGGACCUUCAUCUCUCUGUUCUCCUCGGUGGCCUACAAUUCAACUAAAAUCUACCAUAUUGUCUACAAUUUGUUACGAGGAAACUACCUGUGACAAAGCCAUGAUUACAUUCAGAGAAAACCACUUAUGGGAAAACAGGUUGCAGAAAGCGCAUGGCCUUAGCGAUAAGUAUUGUAUGUACUGUGGCCUUUGAGUUUCAGCAUUGCUUUGUUUUCCAGUUGGAUAUUUUAAAAUGGGUUUAGUGUUCCAUUAACUGCCAUAAGUGAAAUUUGGUACACAGUAGGACCUGUCAGUUGAAGUACUUUCUCAUAGUUUAAAAUUUAUUGUUGCAGUAAAACUGCACUGUAUGUAUUGGUAAAUGGUAAAUCCUGCUUCUGAAACAUGGUCCUGUUUGUGUUUGAAACAGAACAAGCAAACUGGGUGUGGUGAGUUUUCCAGUUUUUCUGCGAUUGGGCACAACAUUGCACCUUAAAAUAGAUUCAAUGAGUACAAAGCCUGACACAAACUGGGCUGAAGUUAACAUGCACAAUCAAUGUUUCUUAAAAUUUUUAUAUUUUGUCAAUCUUUAGCAAAUUAGUCAAAUCCUGGACAUGGGUAUGAGGAUAUCUUGAUGUCCACCUAUUGAGUUCAAUACUAUAUUUAUUUGAGCUAUUUAAAGAAGGUAUUUAAACACAUUAAUAAAUUAUUUUGUAUUCCAGUCUAAUUUAAUGUGGGCAGUAAUUUAAUGUUGAAUAGCUUUUUUAGUUUAGCAGAAAAGGGUAUGCCGUAUUUUGAUCUGAAUUCAAAGAAGAUGGUAGAAUGCUAGUUCAUUUAUUGUAGAUAAAUGCUAAUUCAUUAUAGCCACUGUUCAGGUCUACCUGCUUGUUCAUUUUUUCUUCACCUUUGCUGUGAAAACAAUCAAUUUUGAAAAGUACUUUAUCCAUCUAUGCAAUAUAUGCUGUAAACAAGUUUCAUAAAGCUUCGUUUGAAACAAAAAACGCAUUUACAUAGGCUACAUUUUGUACUGAGGAUUUCUUACAGUGUUUCUGAGCAAGCAAAAUGAAGGCCUCACAUUCCACUCUUUUGUACUCGUUCUUCUUAUCUGCUCUUUAUAUUGUGAAUACUAUAAAAACUGUCAUUAAGCUUCUGUGCUCGAUAUUGUUCUAAAGUUUGGAAGAGAAAGCUAUUUAAAAAAUCAAUUUGUGCCCUUUAGCGGGAAGUUCCUAACAAGCAGAAGUUCUGGAAGAACAAAUAUUUAUUGGCAACUUUAUUGCUGACUAGAGCGAGGGACGUUGUGUAGGCAACACAAACCAUUUAACUGUCUGUACUCUCCAAAAACAUGUUUCCUCAUUUUCUAUCACACGGUUGUGUAAGGAGCAAGCUGUGAAAUAGCCUCUGGUUUUGGGUUACAGGGACGGAGUUGUUAAAAAUUGAAUGCCGUAUCAAGUGACCGUUUAUUUGGAUUGAGUGUCCCUUUAAAAGCUGGAUGAAUCCCUUCAGUUUUUACCUUGGGGAAUGGGAAUGCAGUGAACAGCUCAUUUUAAUUAGCAGUGAUGAUGUUCAAAGAGAAUUACUGAAUACUGUGAAACAUUAUUUUGUUGUCAGUCUGACCAAUAAGACAUGGGUGUGCAAACUUUCUGGUACCUAGUCGCAAAGGUCGUUACUUGUCCAUUGCUUUUAAACUGAGCAAUGGGCAGACGCAAUUCCCUUUUGUGUGUGGUAGAUCAAGCAACAUUAUAUAAAAUAGAUCUGCAGAUGUUUAAUUGAACAUGAUGCGGUUUGUAAAAGCCAUUAGAUAACUGAGUGUAUUGUGGAGUUCAAACAGCAUAAUGCAUUUACACUGCCUACCUCAUAGGGCUCGAGAGGACUGAGCUCUGUGAUUGGUGGGCUUUCAAUGCAUCACGCUCCAGUAGAAUGGGAUAAUACAAAUAAUAAAUGAGAAUUUUUACUGAUUUCCUUCUUCUCUGUCCCCUAGGCCAAGGAAAAUGUUUUGAAAGUUUUGAACAAUGUGGGUUUUAACAGAAAAUGUCAUGGCAUCAGGAAACCCGAACUCAAGAAAUCCAAUCGCACCAGCACUGUGUCCCAGUGAUCUUCACAUUACGCACCACAUAGUCUUCAAGGGUUUAAACAAAUGAGCUGGUCAGGACCUCAGGGUUCACUGCAAGCCCACGUCAGAGGGACACAAGUGCAAGCUGAUAAAUUAACUGACCAUCAAAAAAGAACAGUCAGUUUCUGUGAACGAAAAUCAAACACUGCUCCAGAUCCUUAAAGCUGGUACAAUUGUUGCUAUUCUUGUUUUUCUUUUGUGCUGUUCAUCUUGUGGUGCAUUUGAUGGUAAAAUGCUACAUUGGGAUCUCCCACUGUGUGCUGGGUAUCCCAGAAUUCCCUUCUUUUGUUUGUGUAUAUAUUUACAUGUACAUAUGGAGAACACGUAUUGAGAUUUCUAUUUUAAAUUUGGCUGAAUUUGAAGAUGCGCAUUUGUACAUGUCGUUUUAAAUUGCACAUUAAAGAAAUUAAGAAAGAUCAAUCAUAUUUUGAAUUGACAGGUACAUUAACUUUCCCAGCCACUGUAUUUGCUGGGUCUGAAUGGGUACAUUGAAAACAAAGUUGAUGACAUAUCAGGAAAACAAGUCGUUGUACCUUAUUAAAUCUUCAUUUGUGAUCCA